AUAUGGAUUGAAUUUGGUUUGGGAAGACCGAUUUGGUGCUAGUUAGUUUUCUUACCUUGUAGCAACAUGUUGGAAUGGUUAUUCAAUAUUCUAGCAUAUUUAGGUCUUUAUUACAAAAACGCAAAGAUAUUGUUCCUUGGGUUAGACAACGCCGGCAAGACAACUCUUAUGCACGUUCUUCGGGAUGAUAAGGUCGCGCAGCAUAUUCCAACACAACAGCCGACAGCCGAAGAAGUAGUUAUAGGCAACAUAAAGUUCAGGGCUUUCGAUUUAGGAGGUCACGCCGCCGCCAGACAGAUCUGGCGUAAUUAUUACACAAAGGUCGACGCCAUAGUUUAUAUGGUGGAUGCAGCUGACCGGGACAGAUUGAACGAGGCUAAAAAGGAACUUGAUGCUCUGUUGGCAGACGAACAACUUACGGAUGUCCCCUUCUUGAUACUUGGUAAUAAAAUCGACGUUCCACAGGCAGCUUCAGAAGAAGAACUUCGAACUGCUCUGGGAGUUCACCACCUGACAACCGGGAAAGGAACCAAUCCUGUGAAAGAUGUAAGACCAAUCGAAGUAUUUAUGUGCAGUGUAGUGAGAAAGAUGGGUUACGGAGAAGGCUUCCGUUGGUUAUCGCAAUAUCUCUAACGCUCACGGUGAAAGCAAUUUUUUUCAAACAGGUUGGAAAAUGAAAGUGCUUUUUAUACUCUUUUCGUCAGAUUUUGAUAAAAGCAGUACAACAUAUGGUAAGAAUCUCUGAUAAUUACUUUCCAAUAAAGUGUUCUUUUUCACAUUGAAAAAUUUAAUCUC